UUAAGCCAGAACGGGUAGCUAUAACUUGGCUAGUUUACAAAGAAAUCAACGAAUGAAUGCGGACAAAGCAAAUCCUCUUAUUCCUUGGAGGAUUAUAUUAUAGCUACGCGCGUUUGAAUUUGUGUUGAAAACUAAACCAAAGACAACAAUAUUCAUUUUGAGUCUGCGUUGUCAGGAAACUUGUCUUCGUUGAUGUAUCCGGUCUAACGAUUUCAGCGACGAGAAACUGUUACUGCUUGUAUCACUUCUUCUACUUUGGACUAAGUACGGCCCGCGAACUAAACAUGAAGGCGCAUUUUUUAAGCGAGACGCUUUUGUGCUUGGGUGAUAUGAGCACUUAGAUCCGCCAUAUUCAUAAGCUCGUCGAUCGGUAAUGCUCGAAUUAAAUAAUUCCAUGUCUCAUUUGUAUGAGGCUUUUCUUAAAAUGCUCUUAAAACUCUUUAGCUUUCUCAGACCACUUUGGCCAAUAGAAAUCUGGGCUUAAUAGUGGUCGAGUUGCAAGUUUCAUAGUCGCAUUUUUGCCUGUGUUAUUUAAGCAGUGUAUUCGACCAGGCUAGGCGGUUAACUUAAAGGUGAAUUAACUGUAAUUACGUGUACAUGUACCAGCUCUGCGGUCCUCUACACGUGUCUGAAUAUCUCGUCAUCGGUGUUUAAACGAUGUGUUUCUGUCUGUGUCCCGCUUGGUUCAUCUCAGGCUAUUUAUAUUCUUGUCUCAUCCGUUUCAUAAGGUUUUCCUGAAUCGUAAUAACUUAGUUGCCAGCUUUUAGCUAAAUUAGCCAAUAGAAUUCUGGGCUCUUUAUAACCGGGCGGUUAGCUUAACUGAAUUUAGCAAGUGCUUUAGGGUUUCAGUUUUUAUUUUGUUAUUGGAGCAGUAAAGUCAUCCGGACUAGCCCUGGGAAGUGAAGUUUUAACUGAAGGAUCGACGCGCAAGAAGAGACUUCAGGUUCUAACCAGAUAACAUUAUACUGUAUGAUAACUAGUACUGAACAAAAUUAUUCAUCGAGAUAUAUAUGAAUAUGAAUAUUCUUUGCUGCUUAUUGAAACUUGGGUGAUACAUCGUGAUGGAUGGUUUUUGAACUUAAACCGUUAGUUUGAGAGGAAAAUCGAAGAAUUCUAGUGCCAAACAGGGUGAAAUUUUACAUACCAGUUUAAAUUGUAGGAAAUAGCGCAGUUUAUGAUAAACAAAGCGCGCGAAAAAUAAUAUAAUGCUAUCUCCUUUGGCAUAAUUCAUUUCUUAGCAAUUAUUGAAAUGUGAAUUUGAAAGCAAAAGGCCGCAACUCGAUAAAAAGUCCCGGGGUGCCUUGACAGGUUGAUAAACGCUGAAAGUGCUAACGAAUGACUUGACAAAAGGGUGUUUAAAUUUCAAUAUUUGUUUUGGAAACAAAAAAAUGAGCUGAUAUCAAGGUUAUUUUGGGGUGAGUAUAAACUGGUCGUUGUAUCGCCAGAGAAAACAUGAUCGGUUGAAAAUUAUUGGUAAUUAAAGCACGUUCUAGUUAGGGAAUAAGAGAAAGAAACACAGGGUUUGCUGUACGGGGUUUGCUGUUUAGCGCAUUGUUCAAACUUCUCAAAUAGUUUAAUUUUGGAUAACUUUAUGCACCGUAUAAAUUACGACAUCGCUAUUAAUGCGUUCAUGUCUUAUUGCUCAGCGGGAAAAAAGGAGUUCUUUUGCUUGUCCUUUCCUGUUUCAGUUGGCAAGUCUGCCAACAAUCAUAAAAUUAUCAUAUCUUUCCUCCACUAAAGCAUUAUAAUGCAAAUUAUAAGACGCGGGAAAUCAUAUGUUUAAAAACAGCUUUUCUUUCUUUUUCUUCAGAGCUUGGGGUAAACUAAAGAAUGAAGAGGUUAAUGAAGCCGUUCGGAAAUCGAAGUGAAACACAAAGAUUAACUAGAAAUAUUAAGUGGGACAUUUUAAGUAAUGUAAUAUCUUCCUUUCCCCAAUAGUUUGUCAGCAAAUUUCCCUUCCUCUCCCGAUCAACUAUCACAAUCUUGACAGUGGUCAAUCAUGCCACGUUCGAACUUGCAAAUCAGUCAAUAAUAUUAGUCGCAAGUUUCUGCGGAAGUCUUACAAAUACCAUCCUGUAUAAUCCUGUAUUUCAUUUAAUCGGUACCUUAAUUGAUAAAGAACCUUUUUUAGCGCGAGUUUUCUGAUGGGAUCCCUUCAGAUGCGACUCAGCGUGUGGUUCACCGUAAUCGGUAUUCAUACAUCAAGAUAAAAGACGGCUGUAGGUAAAAACAACGCUCAAAAUACCGCUUUCAACGACGAACUGAGAAUCAGUUUAAAAUUUUAAAAAUUCUCUCCUGCCAGGAGACCAUCAGCUGGCCGGAACCCUUGUAAGGACUUUUGCAUUCCGGUCGGUAGGUAGAGAUAUGUUUCUGUUAUCUUUGUUAGCGGCACGGAAUUUAUAGUUCAUCAUCUUUUAGCAUUGAAGGGUCCAGAAUUCCCCCCCUGUCGUGUUUUCACCUGCUCUAGACAAAAUAAGAGUAAGCAGUUAUUUCGGCGUUUUAAUUUUGUUGUCUAUUUUGAUUCUUUCCUCCGUGGCAAAGGGUCCAAAAUUACUCGAAAAGUAUGUUAUUUCUUUUUAGAUAUUUUUUGCGAUUGGAAUUCUCAGUCAAGCUAAUAAAAGAAUGUAUUCAUACCCGAUAGGGUUAUUUUUGGUCGAGAGGUUUUCGUUUGUUCUUAAUUUUUAAUCUCAGUUAUGUCUUUGCUGCCUUCUUAACAUUCAUUGAUUCUUCGAUGAAAGAUGAAAAACAAAGGGAUAAAUUUCUGACGCCGCGUUCCAUUUCCAGAGAAACUCAGGCAGAGCACAGGUUUUAUAACGAGCCAAAAGAUUGACAAUGGCAAAAGUUAAAGGCGGUUCUCAUUUCAUUACUUAAAAAAUAGACAAAAUCGUGUAGGAAUCAUUUCUUUUGUGAUCAAAUCACUGGUUGGAAUCUACCCUAUCGUAAACAAAUUUCCGUACUGAGCUAAAGUAAUGAACAGCUGAACAAUUUAUUACAUCACCGUCAGCGCGCAUUUGUUCCCUUGGUGGGCCAAGCCCGCGAGACAUUGUUUUGAAAUCGUGAUGAAAACAUCGAAGAAAUCUUCAAACUGUAUCGCGAUAAAAAUCGAGAUGAUAAUCUCUGAGCAGUUCGCGAGGUGAACAAGCGGUACACAUCAGACGAAAAGAUUUGUGCUUUAUGGACAUUUGCAAUUAAGUCAAUUAAUUCGCGCCGGUCUCGGUUCUCGCUGAUUGGCUGUCCAAUGUGUAAGUAUUUUCUAAUUCAAAUCAAAUAUUUGUGUAUACAUGAACAGAGAAAGGUUCUAGCGGAUUGGGUUUCAGUCAACAAUCGCUCAUUUUACAUUUUGACGCAUCACUCGCCUUGUGGAAAAUUGCACAGACGCUAAUCCGCGAGAUCGACACUUUCCUUAUCGAUCUCCCCUUAGUGUAAUUCACUUUCGCCACAUCAUCCGUACAGCAUCUGAUUUGACCUCCAGACGACCAUUCGCGAUAGCGAGAAGGCUGUGGCUUCGCUUUACCUGCACUGUAUUCAGCGGCUUCCGCUGAAUCUGUCUAUGUGACAUUUAAGCCGCUCGAUAUGUGGCCACGAAUGCACGAGAAUGGCUUAAACGAUCUCCUACACUCGCAGUAAUCUUGCAAUUUGACGUCGAGCGUCUUAUUUAUUUAGAUGUGGCAUCCACGAACGUAAGGACAGAGUCGUCAAGGAAAGGAAAACAGCUUGCGUAAAGACCGCCUUUUCACUUGAGCUGGGAACUGUUUGGAAACAAUAGGUUAUCUUUGUGCUGUAAUCGGUGACUUGACAGGCAGUAAUUGUCCGACUGAUUGGCAUGCGCCUUGCCUUGCCUCGAGCGAAAUGAAUUCUCGGUUGGACAGUGAAAUCCUGGGCAUUACGAGCUUUUCUCUUUAUUGUGCGAUCUGAUCAGCAUAAAGGGACACUUGGCUGCCGAUCUCUCAAGCUUGAACACUGCCCUUUGGACUUGGAAGGACCGCGGGGCGCAGCUGUGCUUGAUUGUGGACGGAAAGGCCCUUGGUCGAAGAAUGCGCUUUGUCAAGACGGUUUCCUUGGAAUUCAUUUUAUUCCUUUUUGCGGUUGUUCACUGUAAAGACCCUCCAGUACUCCUUGGAACAGUGAAGCCAGAAUACAGAGUCAAAGAAGGAGAAACGGUCAAGUUAUGGUGCAAGUUCUCUGGAAUUAAUGAUUCAGUGGACAACAGGACGUUGACGGCAUGGCAAAAUCCCGAUGGGCAAAUUAUCACUGACCAAUAUGAGAGGUUUAAAAUGCGGUUGGGAAGAUAUCUAAAAAUCAGAAGGGUAAAGCUAAAAGAUCAAGGGACGUACGUUUGUAUUGCCUACAAUCACUUCGGGAAAGUCAAGGAGGAAAUACAGCUUGUUGUUCAAGCAUCGAACAACAGUACUGUAAGAAGUCCGCCGAUCACCAAACCGACCUCAACAGCUUUAAGCAUCCAGUCAAGAUAUCCGCUUGCCGUCAGCACCACCAAACGACCUCCACGGAGAUGUAAUAUAAGGCCUUCAAAAAUCCCACUAAUAGAUGAUAAUCCACCAAAGUUCAGAAAUCCAUCAAAAAACCGCGAUCGUUUCCUGGAAUUCGUCGAAGGUCAACAGAUCAAACUCAAAUGUCAUGCGCAGGGAGCGCGUCCACUGAACGUGACAUGGCUAAAGAACAACAAACGGCUGAGCAAAGCUGAUCGUAGGCACUUGAAAUCCAAAGGAUGGGUACUCAAUUUCCGUGCAUUAACUUUCAGUGACGCUGGCACAUAUACUUGCACUGUGAGAAAUGCAUUUUGUAGUAUUCAGAGGACUUUUGUCGUCAAAGUUGUUGAGCGUGACCGACCAAUUCCACGGGAACUCCAACCUAAGAUUCUAGAGAACGUUUUAAAGAACGUAACAGCCACAGUAGGCGAGGACGCCACGUUUGUGUGCUCAGCUCUCAGCAAAAGCCAUCCAGAGUUUCACUUUCUCAAAUGGAAGUCCUCCAAAAAUGUCUCAAAUGGGUCUGAUCCUUUUGAGUUCGUAGACUUUUCCAAAUCAAAGUUCCGUGAGAUUCGGGAGAUAGCCAGGCAGCACAAGGGACAACGACAAGUUUACACCCAUCGCCUGAUUGUGAGAAAUGUCACGUUGGCAGAUGAAGCCAAAUACACAUGUGUGGUGGGGAAUUCUGCUGGAUAUGUGUCCGAGCACGCGUUCCUUACCGUUCUCAGCCAAGAAGUGUUGCAAAGCGAUGAACCAUACGCAGGAGGAGGCAUAGGAGUGAAGCAGUCUUCAAUGACAAAAGCUCCAAAAAAGUCACCAAGGACGCAAUCAGACAAAGAAAUAUUAGUAGAGGAAAUACCUUUGGCCGCACUAAUCGGUGUACCGAUCGCCGUCCUCAUACUUUUAAUUGGAACUAUUGUUUGGUGCUAUUUUAUGACAAGAAAACAUCACUCUCGACAACAAUGGAAAGCUGAAGACAAUGGGCCAUUACCUCAAGAUCAAACGAAAGACUUAUCGGCGAAAAUUAGUGUACCAGGAAAGGUGGAAACAAGGAAUGUCAGUUUUAACGUCUAUGUUGACCAUCCAAAUGGCAGAGCUAAGACUCGCCUGACUGAGAAACAGUCAGACACUCACGUGAAGUGUGCCUCGCAGCACGUUAAGUAUGAUUCACGGCAUGGGAAGUGUGAUUCGCAGCGCGGGAAGUGUGCGAUAGAGCGGGCUCCGCCACUGGACGGUUUAAUUAUUCACAAUGAACCUCCAAGAACACAUUCAAACAGAACAAACCAUCGUAAGCGUCACGAAAGAGAGGAACGUGAAUUUAAUGAAUCGAGUGGUUCCGAAAUAAAAUGCUCGGGGGUAUAGAUAAACUAAAAAUAGUUCUAACAUGUUGGUACUGCGGACAUAAAUCAACAAUGCCCUGCAGAUCAACACCUUUGAACCGAUGACGUCAUCAAUCGGUGAAAGUAUGCAUUACCUUCCAAGCGCUCAUUCUUCAAAUCUAGUCACGUGUAUUAAGCCAGACUUGCUCUUAAAGGAGUUACGUCACGGUUUGCGUAUCUUGAAAAGUUUAGCUAAAUCUUUCAAGUUUGUCGUUUUGUAAUCCGUGUUAAUCUUCACUUUCUUUAACCAUCCUUGUUUCGUGAUGGUAUUUAAUUAUCUCUCUGAUGUUUUUACAUCUUAGUAAACUACUAUUUUCUGGUUUCCUUCAAUUGGAAGGUGAUUGUGUACGUGGCCAAAACAAAUCAAGAUACCGUGACUGAACUCCUUUUAGACAGCUGAGGUCUAUCGUUCUCGCUUAAUUGCGGUAGUGACAAGAAGUUUGAAGAACCCUUUUGUUGUAUGACUAAGAUAAUAACACCAAGACACAACUGGGUUAAUUGUGGCGGCUUUUUUACUAAAUCUAGUCAAGUCAUAACCGCAGUUAUGAAAUGGGCCCUAUCGUAAAGUGCCGAGGCUGUUGGUAGAGUAAUAAGCCAAUGAGUGCGCCAAGUUGAGGAAAAGUCUCCGAAGACAGAGUUUCUAGCUUGGGACUUACUGACUUAAGGCAAAACUUGAGAAAACAUUCACAACUUAAAACAUAGUUAACAAAAUGCAUACAUUUCAUUACACUUUGACAAUUGUCAAUCAUUUGACUGAAGUGCUGAUUUGAUCAGUGCUGCUAAUUACUGUUAUGACCAAGCGUAAGUUACUGGUUUUCCUACUAGCACACGCUAAAAUUCCUCCGCUAAGCUUCCACAAGAGACAAUAACAGAGAUAGCUUAUUUCCGUGGCUCUUGUCAACCUCUGACAAACUAUUUUUAGACUCCGUAACGUUCGACAUAGUUAUGUUGCUAGUCUCGUUCGGUUCACACAAGUUUAGUUGAACAAGUCUACUGUUAUUUGUAUAUUUUGCUGGUUUCGGGUCAACGAAAACUGCAUUCUGCGAGACUCUUUAGUACCUGGUUCUAAAACUGAACUCUGUUAACUAAACAUGCCUCGUUGGUGUAAAAAUAAGGAAAGAUGUCACUUACGUGGCAAACUGAAGUCUGUCUUAGUACUAGGUUGCCUUGGUAAAAGACAAAAAAAAAUACAAUGUUAUGGUUGUUGUUUUGAGGAUGUAGUUAGCUCAGGUGGUUCUAUUAUUGGUUUUUCAUCCAGGAACAAUGCCAGAAAACUAAUUUAUAGCUUUUUCCCUACUCAGUUCGUUUGAAACAAAGUACUUACCUUAGUUCUUUUUCAGUAGCUUGGGUAAACAGACGUCCUUUUACUCCCUUGCCGUGUUACCAUAUUAAUGUUGUAGAGACACCCACAUCUGAGAAGUGCUUAUGAUUGGUUGAAAUAAUUGUGAUCGAUUAGGAACCAAUUAGAAGCACUACCAAGUUCUGCUUGGCUCUACAUCAUCAGUUCACAUUGUUUCGAGGACACAUCGUUAUCCCUUACACGACGAACACAGGGUGAACCACGAGUGAUUACCUGAUGUCACAGGUUAAUUUUUCAGUGAGUUGUAAAUAGCUUAGGGAAGGAAGGUGACGUUUCAUCCUUACUCGGUCUCAGCCGAAGAUACUACAAGACUCCGGCGGUCUCAUUAAAAGUACGAAGUGGGCUUAACUGGUUCCACAAAGAUCUUUACUUAUUUUAUUUAAGAUGAAAUACAUAACUUUUUAAAGCAAUGAAUAAAAUUCAACUUUUCAA